AUGCUGACGGGAGUGGCCCUGAUGGCGCUGCUUACCUGGAGGGGAAGAAGCAUCGGACAUAAGCUGUUAUUGGGGGGAAUAGCGAUCGUCCUCCUGGUGUUUUGCGGCCUGGGGUAUCUCUCCUUCGGCAUUUUAUACCUGCCCUCGGCCCUGGCGCUGCUGGUUGCCGUAGUUGCAUUCAGCAUUCUGAGCGGGCCUGGGAAAGAGCAACCUCAACAGUCGGGUGGAGUGAGGAUGGCGGGCAAAUUUUACCAGGUCAUGCGCAUAUCCAGCUUCGUUUCUCAUGCCCUGGCGUGGGCCGUCUACCUGGUUGUGUCUUUCGGCUUUGUGGUCUGGCCUGCCUUGCGGGACGGUUAUGGCGAGGAUUUGAAAGUGCUGGCGACGGUAUUUGCGCCGGUGGCGAUUAGCGGCCUCGGUUGGUUAACCGUUCUCACCCAAGGCCGCCGGGCCACUGGCAAGCCGGUACCAAGGACAGUGGCGGUCUUUCUCGCCGUGUUUUGUGUUCUGGCAAUUUUCGCCGUCGCUCUCAUUUACCUGCCCAUAUUGGUCAAACUGGUAAUCGGGAUAAUCGUUGGUUCUUACCUGGUUGUUCUGGCGCUGGAUGUCGGAUGGGCGGGACGGUCUUUAUUGCUGGGGAUUGCGGCAGUCUUGCUUUUGGGGUUCGGCGUAUUAGCCGGCUUUUCGGUAGGGUUCUUUUCUUCCGACAGCCUUGGCGAUGGUGGUCGCGGCGCUGGUGAGCCUGGUUGUCAGGUCGUCGCCAGAGACCCAACAGCCCCAGUAGUAUCAGCCUUCGAAAUCUAUGGGGAAAGCAUUUCCUUUCGUUGA